AUGUCCUCGAAACACUUUCUCAAACUCCUGGGCUCCACCCCCCGAUCGCAAACCUCCGUCAUCGGCCGUCAACCAGACCUCUUAUCCAGAAUCGUCGGCUCACAAGCACACUUCCACCCAUCCCCCCGCUCCCUCCGCUCCAGCCCCAGCUCGACGGAAAACAAACUCUACGAAUUCGACGAUGUGCUCCACAUACUCGAACACCCCUCAGACUCCCGCCUCCUAAUCGACGUCCGUGAACCCCAUGAAUACGACGCAAAUAAUAUCCCGACGGCGAUUAAUAUACCAGUGACAUCGCACCCGGAUGCGCUCCUACUGCCAGAGGAAGAGUUCGGAGAGCAGUUUGGGUUUGAGAAGCCGCCGAGGGGGAAGGAAGUUGUGUUUUUUUGUAAGGCGGGGGUGAGGAGUAGGGCUGCUGCUGGGAUUGCUAGACAGGCUGGAGGGCCAACAGCUAACGCCUUUUUCAACAGAUAUGUAAAUGUGGGAGAGUACCGCGGCUCGUGGCUUGAUUGGCAGAAGCGAGGAGGGCCGGGGACUAAGCCUACGGCUAGGACGGGGUCGAGUGGGGAGGAGAACUUGGGGCCGGAUGGGAAGCCCGAGUAUCCUCCUGGGGGACUCAUGGGGACAAAGCAGUAA